AAGAGUGCGUCGCCAGUGGCAGGUGGCGUUGCCGCGACUACUCCGAGGUCGUCGCCAUCACCGGCCCGCACGAAGAUGUACGGCCAAGACUUUCCGCUCUUCACCGAACUGCUGCCGGCUUACGAGAGUCCGGUCAGGUCACCUAUGUCGGCGGUACAAGAAGCGGCCGAUGAGCAGUACGCGAGUCUCCGCGACAGAUCGCCAUCACCGAGGCAACAGCGACAGGCGUCCCCGAGGGCACCGACGCCGAGACAACCGUCACCCGUCCGGGACCCUUACACAGAUUCGUUUGGAUUGCCCAUAGUGCAUACACACGACUCUCCACUUAAAGAAAGGUCACCAUCGCCGUCGUCGCCAAAGGCCAGGUCUCCGCCGGCGGCGCAACAGUCUCCGGUCGCCGGACCAUCGACCGCCGCCCGAUCUCCAGCUGCCGGACCAUCGCCCGGCGCCCGUUCUCCAGCUGCCGGAUCACCGAAGUCCAAAUCUCCAGCUGCCGGACCACCGUCGCCGGCGAAAUCACCCAAAACUGAAGCUGACAUCAAAGAACUUGCCGAAAAUCAGUACAAGACGCUCAUGGAAUCACCCAAACCGGAGAAGCCGGCACCUCUUAGUCAAGAAGAGGUUGAGGCGUUCGAAGACUCGCAGUAUGCGACGCUCUACGAAUCGCUCAUAGCAGAACCGGAAGCACCAGGUACGCCGGGCGGGCGUAGUCCUCGUCACGCGCAUCCUGCCGAUCUUAUGGGAGUUGAGGCGCCCGUACACUACCAAUCCCCGCAACAACCGCACUUCUUCGACGGUGAAAUACCAGGAAAUCUGCCGUCACCGAUAGGCGCACACCAUCAAUUAGGCGGUUGGCAAACGCCGCCGAACAUGAGGUUGCAACCACGAAGAACUGCUUCUCCGAUACUGCCUCCUAUGGUCGCCUACUUUGGGCAAGAUUUACUCGGUCAAGAACAGUUUCCCGCUGACGAGGAACCGCCGAGAUCACCAGAACCACCACCACCGUCACCACCGACGCCGCCAGCCAGGUUCGCCUACGAAGAGAUGGCAGACCCGUUUCAGCUGGACGCGGACUUCAACGAACCAGUGGAUGAUAUAAUGGACGAAGAAAUGGCCGCACUCGGCGGAAUGGUCGCCGCUCACGAGAUACAUCCCUUCCAACCUGGCAGGAGAGGGAUAUCACGACGAAGAGGCACACCGAUGCCUCGACAGGAACCGAUCGACGAAGAGCCCGAAUAUCUGAUGCUGCCGUCACCGGAGCGAGCGAGUCCACAUCGCUCCUUUAGCGAAUACGACUACCUCUUGAGUCCCGAUCAGACGCAGCCACAACAGCCGCAGCAGCAGCAACAGCAACAAUCUCCAGGACAAGUUGCAGGACCUAGCAUGCGAUCGCAGGCCGAAGAAUUGUUCAUUCAAAAUUUCGACAAUCCAGAUCAUCAGGCAAUGAUGAGACGCGUCAUGGCGUUGGUGGAGGACGUCGAGAACGAGGCGCUCAUCACCGAAGAGGAUGUGGAAAUCUUGAAGGCCGCCCAUCCGUUGUCAGCAAUCGAAAGUACAGAUGCAGCAGGAAUGAUGGCGGUAUCUCCGCCCAGGGAACAGCGGGAGCUCCUCGAGUUGAACGAUAUGGAAGGACCUAUGUCGCCGUUGCAACAGGAUAUGGAAAUUCCAGAAUUUAAUUAUCAACAGAGUGAUUUCAUGGCACCUGUGCCUCAAUACCAGCUACCCUAUGAAUUGCCACAGUCGAGGCACGUCUUCACGGAACCGGGCGAAAUGGAGGAGCCGGAGCAACCGUUUCAGGAAAUUCUGGCCUUCGAGGAGGCUCAAGGUCAACCGCCUAUGCAGAUACAGGAUAUGGCCGUUGCACCGUCGCCGUCCCCGAUUAGGAGAAGGAUACCGACGCCCGGAACAUACGUCAGUCCACCUGGAAACAUGGUCGACUUCUUUAUGGAGAAUCUGAACAGACAGCCGGCGCCGUAUCGCGAGGGACCGACCACCGUCUUCACCGGUGGAAGACAGCAGAUGGUGCACAGAGAUGCGUCCAGGCGAGUGCCGAGGAUGCGGAGAAUUCGCGAAUUGCCGAACAUGGACGAAGAGGGUGUCAAUUUCAUGGAGCACGUCGAGAGGGCGAGUCAAUGGUAUGGGAAGGGCAGCACGCAGGCGGGCGUAAUGCCAAUUGACGUGACGAGAAACAGAGAAAGAAUGCAGCAGAGGAGAGCCACCAGAAAUGUCCUUUCCAACACGAAUCUGAGGACGGUGACGGAGACGCAGGAAGUGUCUGAGCCACUGAUAUCACCGCUGCAGCCUAGGGGACAGGCUAGAAUCAAGAAAAGGACGGUGCGCAAGAGAAUCAACUUCGAUCAGGACAAUCCGAGCGGAUCGCCGGAACCGCAGAAGCAGGUCUCGCCGAUCCACGAACCAUUGCCGCUGCUACCGGAUAGACCAUUACCUCCACCUAGAGCACCACCUCCGCAAAUGUCAACAUCGCCAAGAGCGGGACCAUCAGGAGCACCACAGCCCAGUAGACGCGUACUUUUCGGAACCCCGCCGAGACCUGAAGGUGAUCGACCGAAGCCAAGAAGGAUCACUCUGUUCGGAUCGCCGCUGCCGGAGGGCGAGGAGGCAUCGCCGACGACCGCCAGCUCUAUGCUAACGAUGAUGAGACAUGCGGAUUUGCUGCGCCAACCGUCGCCACAGCAGGGCGACGACAUGAUGGGCGCGUACGGAGCAGUCCAGGAGGCGAGCGCUCGCCACAUACUCGACGACGACGACAUACCACAACAGCUGCCGUCGCCGAUGAGGGCGCCCAUUGAAAUACCAGGCUGGCAAACGCCAUCACCCGCGCCCAGGGCGGCAUCGCCGAGACUUCCACCGGCGGCCGGACCUUGCGGACAAGCCAACCUUAUGAUCGAACAGCCACCGCUCCUAGAUGAUGACGGGAUGCUCAUGAGUCCAACGCAAUCGCCGAUGUUGGCUACGCAACGGCAAUCCUUCAUGCCAAGUCCAGGACGAGCGCAAGCACCGUGGCCAGGUGGAAUGAGGACGGUCACUUCAACAACAACCACAAAAACCCCGGAAAUGACCAAGACAACAAAAACAACAAGGACUACGCCGAGUUCCCCACAACCGCCACCCCAAUUUUCACCGUCGCCGCAGCAGCAGCAGCAGAUGAUGGCCAGACAAAUGUCUCCGGCGAUGGAGCAGCAGCAGCAGCAGCCAUCGCCACAAUCGUAUCAGAUGGCACCACCGAUGACGCCACGAACACCGGCGCACGUUUCACCCAGACCGUCGCCGUACUGGACGGGCGGAACGCCGAUGCAGACACCACCCUUCCAGAUGAUUCAGCAACAGCAGACGCAACAACGCGCGAUGUCCUCACCGGCCAGUCCAGGUGCAUGGGCUAGAACUAUAAACGACAUGAGCACGUUGCAGGAUGAUUUCGACAUUGGAAUGUCCCCGCACCUGGUGGAAUCACCGCAGCAACGACCGCCUGAAGAGGAAUGGGCGGAUAUAAUGGCUCUACCACGAGAUGAGGCGCAGGUGCAAGCACGGUACGGUCAUCUCACAACCGCCGAUGACUACGUAAUGCCGGAGGCUCGCAGAAGAACGCCGAGACAGGGCACGUUGUUGGAGAGAGUCGAACAACUAGUCGCAGACGUGCCGUCUCCAGAGAUGCAAUACUCCAAUCAAGCUUCGCCGGUUAAUACAGUACAGUAUUCGCCAUACCAAUCUCCACAUUGGACACCGACACUGCCGCAGGCACGAGCAGCGGCGGCCGCCACCGGUUUCGACGGACUCUCCCCCAUGAGACCUCAGGCCGCUGGAAUCACCAAUUUGGAAGUGAUCUCUCCGGUUCUGGCGAUGUCCCCCAGAUCACCGACCGCCUCUCCCUCACCAAGGCAAUCACCUUGUCCUCAAUCGCCGUGCGGAAUGAGUCCCGUAUUCGCCACGUCCCCUCAGACGCUGGGAGUAGUACCGUUUCUUGGCGAAGAAGCAGAACCGUACGAUCUACCGAGUUCACCGCAAAUGUCGCCGCCACCGCGAGCUAUCCAAGAGGACAUCCAAUACAGUCCGCCCGCUUUCCAAUCGCCGCCCAGAUCGAGAACACCGUCACCAAGGGUACCGACGCCAAGGGCACCCACACCCAGAAUGCCGACACCACCGAUGGCGCAAAGUCCUUGCAGACCGGCGACACCUGGAUCACCGCCAAUGACCAUGACGGCCGCAUCGCCUAGGCGAUCCCCAGUUGUCGGCAAUUUGGUAGCGAUGUCGCCGCAACAGCAGAACCAGAAUCAACCUUAUAUGGUCGAGACGACGGAAACUGUGGAAGAGUACGGACCGGAAAAUAUAAUGGAUCAGUUCAUGACGAACGCAGAAAUGAUGCAGCAACCAUCGGCUUUGACGGAACGUCAGCUAGAUUGGCAGUCGCCACCGCCGCCAGCGCGCGUCGCACCGGCUUCACCGUACCGUCCCGAACUGCAUCUGCCGGCGGCGAGGAGAACAUUGGACAUGAUGGCUGCAGUUCCGAACGAUAUGAUGUUCAUGAACGAAAGUUUGGAGGAUCCACUGCAAUCCCCGCGAACACCAACUCAAGGGAUCUUCGAACAGGCAGGUGCUGACGGUGGAGGACCUGGACUAUUCGAUUACGAUUAUCCAGAUAUGUACGACGACCCGUUAUCGCCGAUGUAUCAAGACGGCAGUGGUUGUGGCGGUGGUGCCUGUCCCUCCUCCUCCUCUCAAUACUACGACCAGGGAAUGGAUAUGAAUGAAGAUGAACAGAUGUUGCAGCAACGUAUGUCGCCGAUGGCGGGACCGUCGCAUCAGCCGCACUCUGUGACGCCCGGCGCUUCGGAGACGACGAUGAACGAGGAGAUCGUGUACGGAGCGAGCGGACAACCGCACACCAUCACCAAGGAGACGACGACCGUCUCACCGGAUGGCCAGGUUCAGGAGGAAUACGAAUACACGGAAAUGAUGGAUGACGGACAGGGACAGAACCAGCAGCAGCAAGGCGACGACGAUGGUUACGGCUAUGCGGAUUAAUUUGAUUCUCUUCCAUCUUACGUUCGAUAACGAUAAAAAAAAAACUAGAAAUACAACAA